UUCGACAAUCAGCAAGCAUUGGGAGGCAGAACUGGCCACGCUGAAGGGUAAUAACGCUAAGCUCACAGCAGCCCUGCUGGAGUCCACUGCCAACGUAAAACAAUGGAAACAACAACUUGCUGCGUAUCAGGAGGAAGCAGAACGUCUUCAUAAGCGGGUGACUGAGCUAGAGUGUGUGAGCAGUCAAGCCAAUGCAGUCCACACACAUAAAACAGAAUUAAACCAGACAAUACAGGAGUUAGAGUCUACGCUGAAGAAAAAAGAAGAGGAAAUUGAAGGAUUGAAACAAGAAAUUGACAAUGCCAGAGAGCUUCAGGCACAGAGGGAUUCUCUGACCCAGAAGUUACAGGAAGUAGAAAUUCGAAACAAAGACCUGGAAGGCCAGCUGUCUGAUCUAGAGCAACGUCUGGAGAAAAGUCAGAAUGAGCAAGAAGCUUUUCGCAAUAACUUGAAGACACUUUUAGAAAUUCUUGAUGGAAAAAUAUUUGAACUAACAGAGUUACGAGAUAACUUGGCCAAGCUAAUAGAAUGCAGCUAAAGAAAACGGGAUUUCAGUGCCAAUCAGCUUAAAGAUGCACUGUCUCUCUUCAUAGGACUGUGAUGGGCUCUGCAUCAAAGUUGCACAAAAUUAGAAAAUGCUCCUUGGAGAGGGCUUGUUUUAAAUUUGAGUCAUAUUUCAGUGUAAAAUUUAGAACUCUGCUUGUAGCUAGUUGAAGAAAAAAACAACAAACAAAAAAACUUGAAUUACAAAUUACCUCCUUGUACAUUAUUGGCCAUAGAUAACUUGAAAGAUAUUAACAGUAAUUGAAUGCAAUCCUUUUCUAAUUACCAGUGAUGGAAGAAUUAGCAGUGUCCCAGGUCACAUCCCCUUUUUGUGAUAGACACAAUAUAGGUUAUCUGCUGUUUUAUUUAUUUAAGAUACUUAAUUGCUGUGUUUUGUGCAAGAACUUAGUGAUGACAGCCCUGUAUUUUGUUGUUCUUAAUAAUUUCUCAGGAUACUUUGCACUGUGGAGAAGCAGUGCCAUUACCAAUUUAUUCUUGCCAGGAGUGAGACAGAGUUGCAUCUUUAAUUGAAACAAAGUUACUAUAACUGCUUGUAUAAAGUUCUUCCUUUUGGGGUUUUUUUUGUUUGGUUGGUUGGUUGUUUUUUGGUUUUUUCUAUAUAUAUAUAUACUGGAAGAUACCGUAUUUCUUUAUGGAGCUUACUCUGGUGUUCUACAAUAUUGUCCAAUGUAAGGUUUACUUUUUCAUAUGAAUUCCAUGUAAUUAGAGUGAGAUACUAUCUUCCACUUAACUAUAUUUUGAAGCCAACCA